AUGAACACCGGAUUACACGUUUCUGUUCCAAGUACUACAUUCACAUGUAAUACAUGUGGUAUUAAAUUCAUUGCAGCUGAUUUGCAAAGAGAACAUAUGAAGACCAGCUGGCAUAGAUAUAAUUUGAAGAGAAGAGUUACAGGUUUGCCAUCAGUGACUUCUGAUGUCUUUGCUCAUAAAGUAUUACAUCAACAAAAAUUAGCCAGUUUAAAGAACGAGGUUGAUGAAUUCGGUUUUGAACUUCCUAAGAGUAAAGCCAAAAAUGUCAAGAAACUGGGACAAAGAGGUAGAUUACCAAUAAUUGACAAACUUUCAAAUGAAGAUAUAGAUGUUAGUGAUAGAGAAAGAAGUGUCAGUCCUGCUAAAUCAGAAGCUUCAGAAUUUUCCCAAUUCUCUUUGGGAGACACAGUUUCAUUACCUGAAGAUUAUGAAUCCAAUUUUGAUACUGGAUCGGAAUUGAAUUAUUCUGAACUUGAUGACGAAGAAGAUAUUGAAUUAAACUCCGAAGAAGAGAAACUUUUAGAAACCGAAGAAGAAACUGACGAUGAAUUCAUUGAAGUAUUACCUAUAACGUUUUGUUUCUAUUGUAAAGAACAACAUAAUGAUAUUGAAAGUAAUUUGAAACAUAUGUUCAAUAAGCACGGAUUAUAUAUACCUGAAAGAACAUACUUGAUAGACUUAGAAGGUUUAUUGACAUUUUUGAGUGAAAUCAUUUACAUUGAUAACGAAUGUUUCGUUUGUGGAUUUGAAGGUAGAAAUUUAGAAAGUAUUAGACAACAUAUGACAUCUAAAGGACAUUGUAAGAUUCCUUUUGAAACUUUCGAAGAAAGAGAAACCAUUGAAGAAUUUUAUGAUUUCAAUGUUGAAGAAACACCUAAGGAUGACACUACCAAGAAACCAUCAACCAAAUCAAAUAAAUUAGUAGCAUUUAACGAGAAUCUCAUUUCAGCACCAAAGAACGUUAAACUUGAAAAUGACCGUAAAGUAUUAUCCACCGGGUUGGAAAUCGGUCAUAAAGAUGAUAUGAAAUAUCACCAUAAACCAGCAUCAUCAAUUUUGAAACAUAACGAUAGUCAAAAAUCAGUUAUCCUCUCCGACAGAAGAUUAGCACCGGGAUUAACUAUGAGAACUGUCACCAAGCAAGAGAAAUUAGUUAGACGUUUCGAACAUAAGCAAAGAUCCAAGAAGUUGAAUCACCAUAAUGUUGGUAGAGAAAACCAUAAAGAACAUUUCUUUGAUCCUAACACUUUUGGAUAUUCCAAUUAA